AUGUGCGGCAUCUUUGCAGCGCACAACCAUCCCUCUGUGGCUGGCUUCAAGACCACAGCCUUACAGUGUGUCAAGUGUCUUCGGCAUCGUGGACCUGACUGGUCGGGCAACUGGACAGGCAACAACACGAUACUAUGUCACGAGCGUCUGAGCAUUGUCGGCGUUGACUCUGGCGCACAACCAAUCGUUAGCACAGAUGGCGCUCUGGCUUUGGCAGUCAAUGGCGAGAUCUACAACCACAGAAUCAUCCGCAAGAGUCUGAAGAAGCCAUACGACUUCAAGACACGGUCAGAUUGCGAAUAUGACAUUGAUGCACCCAAACACCUCGAUGGCAUGUUCUCUUUUGUGCUACACGACAAGGAGCGGGAUCGAACAAUAGCUGCUCGGGAUCCGAUCGGCAUCACCUCCUUCUACCUCGGUAGAUCGAGUCAAACUCCAGGAGCGGUGUUCUUUGCGUCGGAGCUCAAGGCUUUGGCACCAGUAUGCGACAAUAUCAUUUCCUUCCCACCAGGCUACGUCUACGAUUCGAAGACCGACAAACUCACGAGAUAUUUCGAGCCAACAUGGUGGGAAGGCGAUCGGGUUCCGGACACUCCGCUCGACUACAAGCUCAUCAGAAAGACGUUGGAGAAGUCAGUUCUCAAGCGUCUCAUGGCCGAAGUUCCAUAUGGCGUCCUGCUCUCUGGAGGCCUCGACUCGAGCUUGACCGCAUCAAUUGCGCAGCGAGAGUCGUUGCGUCAGAAAAGACUAGCAAGCGCUCAGACAAACGGCCAUGCCAACGGUCAUACCGAGCAUCAUCGAAGCGAUUUGGUGGGCAUCGACAAUGAGAAUGAGCUGACCACGGUCACACUCUUGCCUCAGCUCAACUCCUUCUCCAUCGGUCUCCCAGAUGCGCCAGAUACAAAAGCAGCACAAGAGGUGGCAGAGUUCCUCGGUACAAAGCACCACAGCUUUACAUUCACGUUAGAAGAAGGUCUCGAUGCACUGUCAGACGUGAUCUACCACCUGGAAUCCUACGACGUGACCACAAUCCGAGCAUCGACGCCGAUGUACCUCCUCAGCCGAAAGAUCAAGGCGAUGGGUGUCAAGAUGGUGCUUUCAGGUGAAGGGUCAGACGAGAUCUUUGGCGGAUACUUGUACUUCCACAAUGCGCCCGACAAGGCUGCUUUCCACAAAGAGACGGUCCGGCGAGUCAAGAACUUGCACUUGGCAGAUUGCCUGCGCGCCAACAAAUCGACUUCGGCUUGGGGCGUUGAGGCUCGCGUGCCAUUCUUGGACAAGGAAUUCUUGGAGGUCUCCAUGAACAUCGAUCCCAAAGAGAAGAUGAUCACAAAGGAGCGCAUGGAGAAGUAUAUCCUCCGCAAAGCGUUCGACACCACAGACGAGCCAGAUGUUGAGCCGUACCUGCCGGAUCAUAUCCUAUGGCGCCAGAAGGAGCAAUUCUCAGAUGGUGUUGGAUAUGGAUGGAUCGACUGCCUCAAGGAUCAGGCUGAGCGCGAGGUCAGCGACGAAAUGAUGCGCAACCCGAAACCAGAAUGGGGCGACGAUGUGCCUGAUAGCAAGGAAGGCUACUGGUUCCGACUGAUGUUCGAUCAGCAUUUCCCACAAUAUUGCGCCAGCACGGUCUCCCGAUGGACGCCUACUUGGUCCAACCAAACCGAUCCGAGCGGACGAGCAAUUGGAACCCACGUGGCUCGCUACGAUAACCCCGGAUCUUGA